AUGGCUUGCUCGAAGAUGCAGUGGAUGUAUAUUUCCUUUCUGGUUCUGGGGGCCCUUUGCUUGUAUGUUAGCAUGUACACUCUGAGUCCUGAGGAGAGGGGACACCAAGACUUUGUUUUCAAGAAAGAGUAUAGGAAGUUCCUUAAGGCCCCACAUGUGGACUGCAAGCAGAAUCCUCCCUUCCUUGUCCUUCUAGUGACUUCGUCCCUUAGGCAGCUGGCUGCUCGCACGGCCAUCCGUAAGACGUGGGGCAGAGAGAGGAUGGUGAAAGGGAAGCUUGUGAAAGCAUUCUUCCUGGGGACCACAGCCACUGAGGCCGAGAUGAGGGCGGUGGCCCAGGAGAACCAGAGGUACGGGGAUAUUAUCCAGAAGGACUUCAUGGACACCUAUUACAAUCUGACUCUGAAGACCAUGAUGGGCAUGGAAUGGGUCCAUCACUUCUGUCCUCAGGCCUCGUUUGUGAUGAAAACAGACUCAGACAUGUUUAUAAAUGUCCACUAUCUGGUAGAACUGCUCUUGAAGAAAAACAAAACCACCAGGUUCUUCACUGGCUAUUUAAAACUGAACGACUUUCCCAUUCGGAACAAGUUCAAUAAGUGGUUUGUCAGCAAAUCCGAAUAUCCAGGCGACAAGUACCCACCGUUCUGCUCAGGCACCGCCUACCUCUUUUCUGGCGAUGUGGCGAGUCAGGUGUUUAACGUCUCGGACAUCGUCCCAUACAUCAAACUAGAAGACGUGUUUGUCGGCCUCUGCCUGGAGAAGCUGGGCAUCAGGCCGCAGCCGCUGCACUGGGAGCAGACCUUUUUCCCAGGAGGGUUGAAAUUUUCCUUGUGCCGGUUUAAGAGGAUUGUGGCCUGCCACUUUGUCAACCCGGACGAUCUUCUGAUCUAUUGGCGGAUUCUGGAAAGUUCCAAGGAGGGAGACUGUCCACUCAUGUGA